AAUCGACCUUUCACUGAUCGGCGAGUUUACAGCGAUGGGUUAACACGUUGGCAGUGGUUAGCAGUUGCCAUUCUCGCGUCCUCGUAUGAAACAUUUUUUUAUUAAUUCUUUGGAUAGCUAUCUCACGACUAAGUGAAAAUGACGUCACAAGAGCUUCCCGCUAGUCUGCCCGAUACGCAGAACGCGGAUGCUAUAUUGACACAAUCACAGGAAGUAUCGAGAAGCCAGCAGCCAACGAUGACUGUUUGGGGAAGACUAUGUCCUAGAAGGCCAUUCCUGCGAAGUCUGGAAAUGGUCAGAGAUGAUGUUUACACCUUGGGACGCUCCCCGGGCUGUGACAUUUGUAUAACUACAAGAGAAUUGUCAAUAAAGCAACUGUCUGUUGUUAGUAAAGUACACUUUCGCAUAUACAGGGAACGUGUUAGUAACAUGAAUGAGACAGUAGUAUACCUGGAAGAUUUAAGCCGCAAUGGAACUUAUGUUAAUCAAGAAUUGGUUGGUCAUGGAAAACGUGUCAUCAUUGGAAAUAAUUCUGAGAUAGCCUUAGCCAGGAGUUUCUUCUCAUUUUAUAUAUUUAUGGGUGUAAAUGCACUUGAGAUUAAUUGUGAGUUACCACUGGAGCUGAAACAAAGGUAUGUAAUUGGCCGUAAAUUAGGAACUGGUGCCUGUGGCGAAGUAAGGCUACUAUUUAAGAAGGAUGGUUCUGAAACAUUUGCUAUCAAAAUUAUACAAAAAAAUUAUUUUAAUAUUGGAACUGGGAACAUUCUCAAUAAUCCAGAGAAUGUUCGAAACGAAGUUGAAAUAUUAAGAAAAUUGAAACAUCCUUGUAUAAUUCCUUUGAAGGAUAUUUUUGACACGACCGAAAUUAUGUACAUUAUUCUUGAAUUAAUGGAGGGUGGCGAGCUCUUUGACAGAAUAAGAAGCAAAGGGAAUUUAUCUGAAUCGUGUGCAAAACUGAUAUUUUAUCAAGUUGUACACGCUGUUCAUUAUCUCCACAAACAGGGAAUUACACACAGAGAUCUGAAGCCAGAGAAUAUACUGCUGAAAGACAAUUCAGAAAAUCCUUUGGUCAAAGUAUCAGAUUUUGGUAUGUCAAAAUUCGUAGAUGCUCAAACAAUGAUGAGAACAUUCUGUGGGACUCCUAUGUAUGUUGCUCCUGAGAUUUUGGCAACUAAUGGACGCAGUCCUUACACAAAUCAAGUUGACGUAUGGAGUUUAGGAGUGAUAUUAUAUGUCAGUUUAAGUGGCAGAGUUCCUUUUACAAAUAAUAAUGCUAGUUUAGCGGAUCAAAUUAAAGGUGGAAUGUAUCAUUUUCGAUUACCGCCUUUUCAACGAGUAUCGCAGGAUGCUAUACAUUUGAUUAAAUGUAUGAUGACAGUGGAACCGAAAAAACGUAUAAGAAUACCACAGGUCUUAUUACAUCCAUGGUUACGUGACAUAAAUAUGCAAAGAGAAGUCAACAAACUGAUGUCCGGUUAUAAUGGGGAUAAUGACGAGAAUUUAUCACCUCCAAAUAUUCAUCCGAAUAAACGUCCUCGGCUUAUGCUUUGAAAAAAAAAAAGAAAAAAAACAGAAUAUAAAGAAUAUCUCAUUUCGCGAGUAAGAAAUAGAGGAAUAUCUAGUAUCCUCUCGAUAGAUCUGAUAUACUUUUCAUUAACGUUGUGAUACAUGUAUACAUUACCCACUUAUUAGAAUAAUUUUCAUUCAAAAA